UUGGCGAAAAUGGUGGGCUGGAUGAUACGUAGAUACAUUUUUCUAAAGGUGGAAUAAAAAAUAUUUGCUUAAUUUGUCCCUAUAUUUGAAUUUUUCUUUUAAAUCUAAGAAUAAUCACUUCUUGUUGGGAAUUUCGAUGAUGGGGGAAAAAAAUAAUAAUCUUUAUUUUAAGAUGAUGAGGCGAGAGAAUCUCUUUAGUUCAAAAAUGGUUCAACUUCGAAACCAAUUUUUUUCAGACUUAGUUCUCUAUUAUCGAUGCUAAUUUGAAAUAUUUAUUAGUUAGAAAAUAAAACUUACUUUCUAUUGAUGCAUACUUUCUAUUGUCUGUAUUAAAUUUUAAUUGUUUAUUCCAGGAGCGGUAAACUACUUAAAGGUGAUGAACUUUUGAUUGUAAAUGGAGUUAGUUUAGAACAAGCAAGGCAACUGCUACGUAUACUUGAAGAAGAAAUGCAUUUACUUUUAGCAUGAGAGCUUACUGAAGACCUCUGCUUUAAAGAAGAUUCCUCAAGACUUCAAGCAACUCAAGUGCCAAAACUGCACGAGUCACACAAUCUUCCAAUGCCAUUCCAAGGCUAAGGCAUUGGCAGUCAGAUGCUGGGAAGUAUUGCUCAGGCGAUAAUAGUCAUUCUAAUCCAGAUUUACCUCCAAAGCCAAAGAUAGACAAUGAACGAAUGGGCAGUAAUGGUAUCUGCACAUUGCCUAGGUGGCCUAAAUCCUCCGCUACAUACAGUAGUAUUUGAGAAAGGCUUAGGAUUCAGUAUUGUUUGUGGUAAAGAUUCUCCAAAAGGCGAACUUGGUUUCUAUGUCUUUACAAAUGGCCAGGCAUCUCUUAGAGAAGGAGAUGAAAUUUAUACACUUAAUGGUCAACCAUUACAAGGCCUUUCACAUUCAGAAGCGGCCUUUAAGAAAAUUAAAGAAGGUCCAGUAGUGUUACACAUUGGGAAACAUUCCAACAAAAAAAGAUAGCUAGAUUUCCUGACAAAAUAGGAUUUUAUACUACAACUUGUAUGUCGUACUUAAAAAGUCAAUUCUCACUCAUCCAGUGUAACGCAGCAACAUUUUUAGGUAAGUGUGUUGUAAUAAUCAUCUAAUUAUUGCAAAUAUAGUAAACCUUUGGAGCAUUUACUAAUUUUUCUUUCAUUAUUCAAGGCUCCUUGUUGUAAUCUUGUAACUCCCACUGACAAGUUUUACUUUAUUUUUAUAAUACGUAUUUUAGAUUAUUUUUUUUUUACAACAGCCGACGCAAUUUUGAGUUAAUAA